GUUUUCAGUCGCUUGCAAAAUGUCACAGCCCUGAUCUCGCCCGCCCAUUGGCUCCUGUCUACUCUUACGUCACGAUCAUGAUUAGAAUUGAUGAUCGGACGUUUUGAUUUCAUUGUCUGGCGAAGGGGACCAGUGAAAAAUCUGCUGAAUUCGGGCGGCCGUUCGAUUUGUCAACAAAAACAAAGACUCUGUUUGGCCAGAUCACUUGAGAGACAGUAAGUCAACUCAACAACACCCAAAAAUCAGACCAUGCUACAUGGUGAGCGAGCCCCCAUCAGAUAGCACCACAGAAUCGUAUCGAUCAUGAGACCCUGCCAAAUUGUAGCUAAGCUUUCCUAAGUUAAUUUAGAGAAAACUUUACUAAAUAAGUGAAAGGUAGCUAAUUUGAGAUCUCAUGCAUGCUGAAUGGCUUGCCUGAGCGAUUGCGUACAGUGGCAGCGCUUCUGUGCUGUAUGUUAGAGCUCAGUUAGUUGGCCUGCUGGUCGCCCGGAUCUCUUCCUCACCUCUCCCACUAGAAGCAUGGAAACAUGGCAGGAGAAGCGGAGUAUUCAGACUAUGAAUCUGCGAUCAGUGUUCACUGCUGAACAGCAGCGCAUCCUUGAGCGUUACUAUGAAAAUGGCAUGACUAACCAGAGCAAGAGCUGCUUCCAACUCAUUCUGCAGUGUGCCCAGGAGGCCAAACUUGACUUCAGUGUGGUCAGGACAUGGGUAGGCAACAAAAGAAGAAAGCUGGCCUCCAAGGCAGAUAAGAAUGGAGUGGUUGGCCUUUCUAACCAUGCCCUUGCCGGGCCAGCUGGGGCUCUUGUUGCUGGAUCAGUAUUAACAGCAGAGAUGGCUGCCGUGCGAGCUGUCCAGCGUGGUCCGGCCGUGGCUCACCUCCUCCCACCCCCAGCCUCCUGCCCUUCUUCCUCUUCCUCACCCUCCUCUUGUUCACCACUCAGCAGCGGCAGUGGAACCAAUAAUAAUAACGACGUCAUAGUGACGGGCACAUACUCUCUCCUGCGCAACGCCACCCGCCUAGACUCCUCAUCUCAAAGUCGAACUGGGCCAAAAGCCGUGCCCACACAGUCUGAUCCUGAACCAAGUCCGCAGGCUCGUCCAGCCUUACACCCAGACACAGUCUCCCUCCACUCUGCUGCGAUAGCCCUCCAGCGCAAAACUCCUCACAUCCCCACCUCCAGUGCCCUGUUGUUCAGCCAGAUGAGGAGGACAUUCUCGCCUCGAGAACCAGUGGCUAUCCCCCCCAACUGGGCAAAGCAAUAUGGAACGCCUCAGAACCAGUCAUGGCCAAGCAUUUCUCACCAACAAACUUUGCCGAUACGCAACAGCCCCCCAGCCAGUACCUCAGACAGUGGGCUUAGGAUCCAACAGGUGUACACCAUUGCCGGGUUAGGGGAAGCCUCGCAACGAUCUAACCCUGGAACCAGUCAGGAUCGGAGUUUGAAAAAGCCACACCCACCUGAUACGUCAGAGACGUUUUCGAUUGCCAUGGAAACAGGUGAUGUGGAGGAUGAGUAUUCUCGGGAAGAGGAGCUGGCUAACAUGGGUGCCCAGAUUCAACUCAGCAAGUCCACCAGUAGCAGUGUUAGCACAGCAGAAGGCAACAGGAACUCGACAAGCGGGCCUUCCUUGAUCGAUAGCCGGGGUAUGUACGCUGUGACUGCAAGGAACCAGUCGACUGCACCACUCAGUUCCCUAAACUCUGCCCUAUUUGGAGAGAAAGGGUGCCAAACCAACAGUUCUUUACUACUCGGUACAGCCUCUCGUGACAGUUACCCAUUCAGGCUCUUCUCUCAGACCUCUCCGACAAGAAUACCCACCCUGAAGGUAAGUAGCAUGUCGGCUCCCUGGCUUCUUAGCAACUCCCGUAAAAGAACGCUUCAGGACAGGACGCAGUUUAGUGAUGGGGACCUAUACACACUGAAGAGGUACUGGGACAAUGGCAUGACCAGUCUGGGAUCUGUGUGCAGAGAGAAGAUCUCAGCAGCAGCUACUGAGCUCAACGUGGACAGUGAAAUCAUCAAGACUUGGAUCGGUAACCGCAGGAGGAAGUAUCGACUGAUGGGUAUUGAAAUUCCACCUCCCAAAGGAGGCCCAGCAACCUUUCCUAAAGUAGCCAGUGCAGAGCCCCCUUCACCUCUGACCCCUGAAGAGGAUGAGCCCAGGACUUUAAAGCCUGCAGAAGAUAGUGAACAGAAUGAUGUUGUGUCACUCUGCAUGUCUGAAGACGGAAUGAGUGACUCUUACCUGAAAGAGAAUGACGACGGGCAUGAUGGCUCUACUAAUUCUGGCCUUGCUGAAAAUGUGAAGAUUGAAAUAAUUGAUGAAGAAGAUGAUGACGACGACGAUGAUGGCGAGUUGAUGGCCACAGAUAUGGAACAAAUGCAUAGUCUUUUAGAAUACAAACAUGAAGAAGUCCAGUACCUUGAGAGCGAGCUAGAGAACCAAAAACAGAAGUACUAUGAGCUGAGGACCUUCACCAAAAGCCUACUGAAAGCGAUGAAGAUCAAUGACCUAGAGAAACAGCAGGAACUGUUAGCCAGCCUACCUCAACAAGUGGAAGAAGACUUGGGGCUGAGUCCGGAAAGGGACGCGGAGUCCAGCGUGGAGAUGACCUCCAGCCAGAAGGAUUCCUCUGUAUCAGAGGGGGAGGGGGACACACACUCACACACACUCCACACCGUGCCUGUGGAAGCUUACAAGUAAUAAUGGACCUGCCGCGGCCUUUUUUACCGCAUAUCAGACAGUCUUCUCGGGUGGAUCCAGUACUACAUCAAUAAAUGGCACUAACUUGA